AUCUAUUGAUCUACAGUAAAAACUCAUGAGAGGCGGGAAGUGAUUAUCUGAAACCAUAUUAAAGGAUAUUUUCACAUUGUCAGCGAUGUAACAUGGUGUAUGUAGAUGGUCUUGGCGUUUGUAGCUUGGGAAAUGGGGGCUUUCCCCGCCAAUUUCGGAUACAGGCUUCAAUUAUUAUAUAAGAGGCUGUUGUGUACCGAUAGUAGGCCUUAGCACUAUUCCUCAGUGAACAUAAUGGCAUCCUGCGGUGCAGUCGUAAAGUCCCAUGUUAGCACUAGACUUACGACGUGCUUCAAGCUUCAGCCUGACCUUCUUCGACACAAGAGCCGAGGUCUUCCUGGAGUGCCGCCAGGUGGCAGCAUAUGCUUCGUAUCUUUGUCCGAUAACGGUGCUUUGAAGUGCGGUAAGGGCGCGCGGUGAGGGUAACGCGCAUAGCGGUAAUGGUGGUGCUUUUUCGCCAUUCUUGUGGGUCAAACCCGGCCUACAGAUCUUCGCAACGCGCCAUCUUGGAAUUCUCCCCAGCCAUAAGAUGUUGCGCACAGACGUCGUUGUGUCACGAUACCUGUUGGUAGUGGUAGCUACGUCAGCUAUUCAUUUUUCGUGAUGUGAUUCCUAGAGGAUGUAACCUACUAAGGUUGAAGUGUAAGGUGUCAGGAUGAAACCCCCAGAUAUCCUGAGGGGUGUAUUACUAUUUUAUCUGUGUUACUUAGGAAUAUUCGUAAGAGAUGCAUCGUCCCAACAAGGACCUUCAAGGUCGUUUCGACCUCUAUCUCGGCCACCACCGCCAUUGCUCAAUAUCUAUGUGCCAAGCAUGUCCAAGGCGACCCUGCCAGCGGAGCAUGCAACUACCAGGAAUGAGGUCGUAUCAAAGAAAUCUUCAGUCGUCGAAGUCAAUCCGUAUGCCCAAUCAGUUGUCGUGAACAGCACUUCACCAUCAGCAGAUGCGGGCGCAGGUGAUGUCGUUACGCAAACUUCGGUGCAAGCUACUGUCACCGAACAAAAGGAGACCCCAGACGACAAAUUUGCAGCUGAGGAAAACGCUGAAAUUGUGACGAAGACAUCAGUGCAAGGUUCCAUCGUCGAGCUUGGACCUCAAGGUCCGAGCGGCGGUUUGGUUGAUGGUGUCGGUGAUGCGGAGGACGUGACCCGAACUUCUCUCAAGGUCAGUGGCGUGGAACUUGGAGAAAAUGGGGAAGUUGUUAGCUCGUUACCUGAGGACAAUCUGCAAGACGCUGUUACGCAGACGUCGAUUAAGUUUACUCAGCAAGAGGUGCAAGAAGACAGUGAGCAAAAGCGAACAUUAAAUAGUACAGGCCUUUCUGGCGACUUGAAAACUGGAGUAGAAAAUAUUCAAGAGAUACUUAAACAAAUACAAAACGAAGUCGGUGAAGCACAAGUACUCUACGUGGCUGAUCCUAAAGCAAAGAAGGGUGUUCGUAUCGCACACCAGCCAACGGAGUUACCAACUGUAACAGCUGCGCCCCCCGUAUAUAACGCUGAGAACGAGGAUGACGAUUAUGAUAACAAAAACUUCCCGCUACCGCUUGCAACAACGCCGAUUUCCAUUGUGAAACUAAAGAAACUCAAGAUUCCGAAAAAGCGUCCAUCGGUCGUGCGAACCCGACCUAUGAGACUACGCGACAAAGAGGUCGAUGGCGUCGCGGUUGCGCCUAUCAAAAGCAGGCAGCCAAAGCAGGACAGGCCUGCUUUUGGUAUUUUUACACGUCCCAAAAAACCGACUGGCGCACCGGGAGUUCGGACGGUGCGGCCCAUUGUGAAAAUUUUUGACCGCGCCAGAGACCGACCCAAGUCUAAACAGUUUCAGCCAGUGAGGAUUCGUAAGCCUGGAAAGCGAAUCACUACCGCGAAGCCUGAACGAAAACCAUAUCCUUUCGGCCCUCCAAGAUCUGCUCCUUCACUACCGUCCGCACCAUCCGGUCCAUCUUUGGCUGAUUUCGAAGAGCUGUACCGUCGCCAGAAAGGACAGCACAAAGGGUACGAGACUUCGACGUAUCGAACGGUUGAAGAAGAUGUUCCAGAUGAUUUUGGAGAGCCCGACCUGCAAGUCCCACUGGUAUAUUAUGAGGGGCAAACGAAAAUCAUCGAUGGAUGGGAAUGGUCCCCCUAUUUAGACGAUAGAAAUACGAAGGAAUUUAAGUACUUAGCAUUUCACGUAAAACAGCAACUAAAGUCAUUUCUUGACGAUACACGCUACGGUGAUUUCCUCAAUUAUAUUCUCAUCGACGGAUUUAGUAAAGGGGUUGAAGUUGAUUUCUUCCUCGUGUUUUAUCAGACAGAGCCGAUGAUUGAUGAUCAAGAACUCACUGAAGAUGUGCGAGAUGUGAUGGCGUAUAAAUCUGACAACGACUUCGAAUUUGUCCUCGACCCCAAUAUGACAUCAUUCAAAUUCAAAUACGUGAAAACGCCUGCUUCCGAACUCCUUGUCGAACCUCCUCUACUACCAAACUGGGCAAUUGCAAUGUUGGUGUUUGGCUUCGGCUCACUGGUUCUUAUUGCUGGUUCACUUAUCAUGGCAAAUAAUUUCCGCUCCAAUCGACGACUGAAGGACAUUAAAAAGAAAAAACUAAACGAAAAAGAACUUCAGCUACAGAUGACAAGUAUACCUCACCGUUACUCUGAAGCAGUAAAAAAAAGUAAAGAGGCAGGAAAAAGCGGCAAGACAGAACCUCUAGACACAAAGUCGUCGGGGUCGGCUCACUCUUCGAAAAGCUACUGCGGCUCUGUAGGAACGCUGGAUAAACGGCCUCCGAUGCUCGAACGUUACCAACGCGACUAUGGUGUAUAUAAGCAAACGAAUCCACCAUCGGAUCGCAUCUGCGGCGAGCACGAUGAUCACCGGCAACGGCGACGAAAAAACAAUGAGAAUCGCCGUCCGAAGAACGGCAAAUCACAACAGAAUCGAGGAGAAACCUGUAUGGACCCCGACCCUGCACCUCUGGGGGACGGCUACUCGACCAUAGGUUCACACUUUCCGAGUAGCUUUAAAAGUUUGUUACAGCCAUCGAAAUCCAUAUUGUAUCGACCAUCACGUUGAUGCUCAUUUGGGGUGAUAUGAUAAUGAUGGUGAUAAGGUUGCCGACGGCACUAGUAGUGAUGAUCGGCAGUGAUAGAAAUAACAACUUGCUUAAAAUGUAUGCGUGACCCAAUAUAUGAACUUUUACCGGGAAAUACUGUUACAACUUUGUUAUAGAGGCUAUAUAAUUAAUUAGCAUGUGUAUUUUAUAAAAUGGAAUAGGAAAGUAAAAGUAAGCUUGGUAAUGGAAGAAAAAUUAGGAAAAACGAAAGGAUUCAUAUAUGCGUGAAUAUAAUAUAAAAAUUAUCGACUGCUGCGCCCGUGCCUAAGCUGGUCUCAUAAAGUUCAAUUUACCUAGACCUUUAGAAGGUUCCAAAAUAUUCGCUAAUCAAACAAAUCUCAUAAGGGUUAAGUUCGGGUAAGAUUAUUCUAUGUCAAAAGUAUGCGGUAGACUUCACAUGAGCACGAGGGGUUCUCUGUUGUAUUUACAUCUAUCAAGAGAAUUCUGGGUUUUUAUAACAAACUGUAUGUCUGGUCGAUUAAGUAGUCAAUCUGCUAUAUUAAAAAAGCCCGAAGGGAGACGUAGCAACCACUUGGAACUGGUGCUUUUGUUGAAAAGAUUGUAACAACUAUCUUCGAUAAAAGGCAAAACAAUGAUACACGAUAGAGGCAAAGGCACAACAAGUCUCUUUUAGGGAAUGACGUGGGCCAAUCGCAUCAAUAAUGAAUAAACGAUAAGGAUAUUUAUUUAUUUAUGGACAGCUGUCUGCCACAUGACCAAGAUGGCGGAAACGACCUCGGUGGA